AGAAUCCCGCUUUGUUUUACAGCAACAAUAGCUUCUAUUAUCUUUGGGAGGUUUUUGUUUGCUGCAUUGCUCAUCAUUUUUCCGACCCAAAAUAUAGGCAAGUGUAUAAUUGCAUUUUCACCGAAAAUUGACUACCCAAAAAUGUUCGGGAAAACACUUAUUCCGAUUAAUUUUGCCUCGUACAUUCCAAAACGUCUCGUAUUUUGUCGAUUAGAUCUCUGAAUCAAAAGUUACAGGCAAAAACCAAUUUCGAAAAAAAAUUCAAGGAGCUGAUGUAACUUGAUCUAGUAGCCAAAUCUUCAAACUGUUUAAAGUUAUGGAUUCUACAGACCAAAAUCUAUAAGAAAAUGUGUAUUCUCGGUCGAUUUCAGACAAUGAAUUUAUCCGUCCCAAAAUAUAGGCAAGUGUAUAGCCUUUGCAUUUUGACCGAAAAUCGACUACCCCAUGUUCGGGGAAACACUUUGUCCGAUUAAUUUUGCCUCGUAGAUUCCAAAACGUCUCGUAGUUUGUUGAUUGGACCUCUGAAUCAAAAGUUACAGGCAAAAAACCAAUUUCGAAAAAAAAUUCCAGGGGCUAUAACUUUUGAUCUAGUUGCCCAAUGUUUGAAGUUAUGGUCGAUUUCAGACAACUCAUAUUUCCGACCCUAAGUAUAAGCAAGUGUAUAGCCUUUGCAUUUAAUCGAAAAUCGACUACCCCAAAAAUUUUCGGGAAAACAUAGCCACCCUGUAGAAGUGUAGAGGCUUCUAAAGCGCUGCCAUCUAGUAAGAUUUCGAAUAGUUACUUACCAUAACCUGAAAAAAUUGCUCAGAAAUGCAGAAAUCUCCGUGUUCGUGCUGAUGCGUCACCUUUGACCCUUGUUUGAUGAAAAAUGUCUUCUUGAAAGUGGUCGUUAAACAAGUAAAGUGAAUAUAAAAUGUCAGAUCAGGAGUACGAGAAGUUUGAAAUAACAGAUUAUGAUAUAGAAAAUGAAUUUAAUCCAAACAGACCGCGAAGAGGUCUUAGUAAGCAUCAGCAAAUAUAUGGCAUUUGGGCGGACGAUAGCGACAAUGAAGUUGACGAGAGGGCAUCCUUUAAGCAAAAGCCGGCCAAGAACUUUUCGGCACCUAUUGGUUUUGUUUCUGGCGGAGUGCAGCAAGCCGGUAAAAAGGACAAAGACAUCAAGAAGGAGGAGACCGACGAUGAAUCAGAAAUCCCAUCUGCCUCAUUUAAAGUAGAAAAUACGUCUAGUAAUUCGGAGGAUGAAGCGCCACCGCAAAAAGCAGGUUUUGGAUCGCAUGUGACCAACAAGAAAUCGGCAUCGAGUGAAAUUACCGGAGAAAUCGCAGGGUUGAGGAGAACGAAUAAUUUAGCCAACCAAAGCUUAAUGAGGAAGGGCGUCGGAAAUUGGGAGUUGUACACGAAGGGUAUCGGCGCGAAAUUGCUAUUGCAAAUGGGAUAUCAACCCGGUAAGGGAUUGGGGAAGGAUUUGCAAGGUAUUUCCGCUCCUGUUGAGGCUCAUUUGAGAAAGGGGCGAGGUGCCAUCGGGGCGUACGGACCAGAAAAAUCUGCCAGCAUUCCUAAAGUGAAGGAAAAUAUAGAAAUUAUCGACAAUGAAGAGAGGGAAUACGAGUCCAAGUGGAAGAAAAGUGAUAUGGCAAAGAAGAAAACUAGGUAUUACUAUAGAACCGUAGAUGACGUUAUUGAGAAAGGUAAACGUCCGGGAGCAUUUUCCAGCUCAUCACUUGCUAAGUAAGUUGUUUCUGAACUUGUGUUAAAUCUGAUUGGGUUUUUUAGCGAGUUGACAAAGGUGAAAGUAAUCGAUAUGACGGGUCCCCAGCAAAGGGUGUUGAGCGGCUAUCAUGCACUCAGUGGAUUAAAAGCUCCGCCUGGCGCCGAACACUUUGAGGACGUCGUACAUAAAAAGUGUUCAAAUUUCGCACUGCCCGAAAUUCAACAUAAUUUAGAUAUAUUAGUGAAUAUGUGUGAACAGGACAUAAUAAAUGUGGAUAGGCGGUCAAGAUUUAGCCAAGACCAAUUGGAGUCCUUGCAUCACGAGGAAAAUUCCCUUAGCGCUACUUUAGCCGAGGAAGAGACUCUGAUUACGAAUUUAAAAGACAUUUUACAAAUUCUCGACAAACUUAUGGAUCCCAUGCAGGGAUUGUCACUUGGACAAUUUGCUGAAAUGUUCAGGAAGCUACAGCAAAACCAUUCCGAAGAAUAUUACUCAUUUCAUCUUGGUGAAUUGGCGCCUGGUCUAGUCGGACCAUUGAUAACGUCAGCUUUAGCGAGCUGGUCUCCGAUGGCCUCUCCGAAUCUAUACAUCGACAUAUUUAUGCAAUGGAAGGAUAUAUUGGAGAAGCCCCAACAGCGUGGGACACUAGAAGGUAAUAGUAUGGGAAUUCAGCCAUAUGAUAGUCUCUUAUGGCACACUUGGGUGCCCGUAUUGAGAACGUGUGUUAGUGUUUGGAACAUACGUGACUGUGAACCGGUAAUCAACUUAUUGGAGAUUUGGAAACCCCUCCUACCACAGUGGAUUUUGGAUAAUAUCCUGGAUCAGUUAAUAAUGCCGCGUAUUUCGACCGAAGUGAACAACUGGAACCCACUCACAGACACCGUUCCCAUACACUACUGGAUUCACCCUUGGAUUCCCUUAUUAAAUACACGUUUAAACGAAAACGUGUUUCCGAUAAUCCAGGAGAAAUUAGGGGCGGCCUUGACUAACUGGCAUCCGUCAGAUCGUUCGGCGAAAUUAAUGUUGAAACCGUGGAAAGAUGCUCUUCCGGAGGGUUCAUUUGCCGCGUUUCUUUUGGUACAUAUUGUGCCGAAGUUACAACUGUGCAUGCAGUCUCUUGCCAUAAAUCCUCAUCAACAGCAUUUAGACGCCUGGAACUGGGUAAUGGAUUGGAAAGAUAUGCUCUCCGUGCUGAACUUAACCUCAAUCUUGGACAAGUACUUUUUCCCCAGAUGGUUGCAAACUCUGGCGAUGUGGCUGAAUCAUAAUCCCGAUUAUAAUCAGGUUACGGAGUGGUACUCUGGCUGGAAAAGAAUGCUAUCGGACGAGUUACUGGUACAGCCAUCCAUUAAAGAUAAUUUUCACAAGGCGUUGGAAAUGAUGAACCGAGCCGUGACGACUGGGCAGCAACCGGGCGCGAAAGAAUUUGUGUCUUAUCUUACCAAUAUAGAGACAAACGCCCCACCACCACCACCACCUCCUCGCGUUGAGACUAUGGUGGAGGCAGUCAGAGCUGCAACACAAAUUCCACAAGGAUUUAAGGAUCUUCUGGCGAAACGCUGCGAGGAACGAGGAAUUUUGUUUGUACCAGUGCUUAAUAAGUAUUACGAGGCGAAGCAGGUGUAUAGGUUAGGUUCGAACGGUGUUCAAGUGUAUUUUGAUAGAAAUGUUGUAUUUUAUUCCCAAAAUAAUUGUUCGUGGUUACCUGUGUCACUAAAUAGGCUACUAGAUAUGGCUUAGUAAGACGUAUUAUGAUUUUUAUUUUGUAAGUACAAAAUUUGUAAAAUUAAUUAAAAGUAAUGUGCUCACUAA